AGAGUCAUUAAUUUUACUGUAGGCUUAUUUUGAGUGACAUAUUACAUUAUGUCAGAUUUUGAAGUGUAGGGUGAUUUUGUGUAUAUUUUAUAACUUAAAUUUGGUCUUAUUAUCAAUCAUUUUUGUGUUUAUAAAAAAUGGCUCAUUUAAUUCACAAAUCAAUGGGAUUCCAUUUGUUUAAACAAAAAAUAGUCAAAUUUUAUCCGGAAUGUUUUAGCUCUAAUGAGAAUAAUGGCGACCACAGAAACCUUCAAACUUAUCGAAUUCACAAGAGAACCUUAAGGGUUUGUAGUCGUUUCGUCAACGAUUUUCCUAAAGGUGGGUUUUCUGUUUGGAGACAUAAAAGAAUUAGUGCCGAUGGAAUCCAAUGGAAGUAUCCUGUUAAAAUAACUGAAAUUGGUCCCUAUUUUAAAAUCCCGAUUUUUAAAACAAUCAUACGAAAAAGACUGGAGAGGAAAAGUUCUCCAGGAAAAGUGAUACUUGUGAAGGAGCCCUUACCUCAAAGUAAAAAUAAAGUUACUAUUGUUGGAGCUGGUAUGGUUGGUCUAUCUACAGCUUUUAGUAUAGCUUCUCAAAGUAUUUCCAAUGAUGUUUGUAUAGUCGAUUCGAUAUCAAGUGAAAGACUUUAUGGAGAAGUUUUAGAUCUGCAAUAUGGUUCAGGUUUUCUAACUAAUGUGAACAUCAGGGGAAGUACAGAUUUUGAUUGCUCAUUUGGAUCAAAAAUUUGUAUAGUAACUACUGGUGUUAAACCAAGAAGGGGAGAACCUCAAUUAGAUUUCAUGCAUAGAAAUGUUCAGCUCAUGAAAACCAUUAUACCACCUUUAGUAAAACAGUCACCAGAUACUAUUUUAGUAAUAGUCACUGAUCCUGUGGAUAUUAUGACGUAUAUUGCGUGGAAAUUGAGUGGAUUACCACCAGAAAGAGUUAUUGGUUCAGGAACUAGUUUAGAUUCAUCAAGGUUCCGAUUCUUAUUAUCUAAAAAAAUAGGAGUCUCAAUCGCUAGUUGUCAUGGUUGGAUUAUUGGAGAACAUGGAAGAACGAGUGUUGCUGUUUGGUCUGGUGUAAAUGUAGCCGGCGUUCGUUUAAUAGAUUUAAAUCCGAGAAUAGGAACGAAAUCAGAUCCUGAACAUUGGGGUUUGGUUCAUAAAAAAGUUAUAGAAGGUGCAAAUGAAGUGACAAAAUUAAAGGGAAAUACUUGUUGGUCUGUAGGUAUGGCAGUUUCUUCAAUAACCAAAGCUCUGCUAAGCAAUGUUGCUCAUGUGGACGCGGUGUCCAUUUUGAUGAAGGGAUACCACGGAAUAAAAGAGGAUGUGUAUCUUUCGUUACCGGUCGUGCUUGGUUGUAGUGGAGUAACAAAAGUCGUUGUUCAAAAACUCUCCCCAAUGGAACGAAACGCUCUUCGUGUAUCCGCAAAAUAUCUAAAGGGAAUAAUUUCUAGAAUUAAUAUAAAAUAAAUGAAUUUUAACACU